GUGAACCUGCCUCUCAACCUGGGCCAGGGUCAGGUGAUUGUCUCCCAGCUUGGCAACAUGGCCAUCCUGCAGACUUCGACCUGCAGGUCUCCUACGACUGGCCUGGAAACUGGUCAUCCUACUUCCCAGCAGUUACUACGGCAAUGUGUGUGGCCUGCGCGGCAACUUCAACGACAUCCCCGGAGAUGAGCUGCAGGACCUGGCCAGUAAGGCAGUUAUGACGGUGGAGCAGUGGGCCAAUGUCUGGAGGGUGAGGGGCCUGGCUGAGGAUAAGUACACCCCCUGCUUUGACAGCUGCCAGGGGAAUGUGACGUGACCCAGAGGAAGCAGUAUGAGUCAGAGGCCUUCUGCUGGGCCCUCACGGCCAAGACAGUGUUCCAGAUCUGUCAUAAUAAACUGGACCCCCAGGCCUUCAUGGACAGCUGUGUGUAAGACAUAUGUGUGAACAAGGGGGACAGGAGAAUGCUGUGCCAGGCCUUGGCCACUUAUGCCGAUCUGUGUCGGCAGGAGGGCGCUGUGGUCAAGGACUGGAGGACCAUGUUUGGCUGCCGUAAGUAACUGACAGGGAUAAAAAGGCUCAGAAUGAUCAAUAUUGUCUUUGCACAUUAGGAGACCAGCGUACUGAAUUAUGCACUUCAGCAUCACUGUGCUGAAAUAACGUUUUUUAAAGUUUUCCUGCUUACCAAUCAGCCACACCACUUGCACAGCUGCGGGUGACCCUUAUUACCAUACCUUGGAUGGGCGCCGAUUUGACUACCAGGGGACGUGUGUGUACCAGCUGAGGGCGCUGUGCACCCAGACGCCGGGCCUGGUGCCGUUCUAGGUGACGGUGCAGAAUGACCACCGCGGGAGCAAGACCGUGGCCUACACUAAGACUGUCAUCUUCACCAUCUACGGGGGUCUCCCUCACCAUCAGCAGGGACUACCCCUUCAGGGUCCUGUUGGAUGGACAGCUUGAGUCCCUGCCCCUGGACCUGAACAGUCAGCUGAUUGUGUUCCGCAGUGGCCGAAGGGCUGUGGUGGAGACUGCUGCGGGCAUCACACUGACCUUUGACUGGCACAGCACGGUGCACUACAGACUCCCCAGCACCUACCAGGGUGCCGUCUGCGGCCUGUGUGGCAACUACAACGCCAAGCCCUAGGACGACCUCACUAUGCGGGACAGCCAGCCCGCGCCCAAUGCCCCCUGGCUGGGUGAGAGCUGGCGGGUGGCCGUUGUGCCUGGCUGCUCCUCUGGAUGCCAGGGGACACAGUGCCAGGCCUGUUCUGACAGUGAGAAGAACGCGUACAGUACCCGCUGUGGAAUCAUAGCAGACAAGUCUGGCCCCUUCAAAGAGUGCCAUGGUGAAGUGGACCCUGCCCUGUACCUGGAGGACUGUGUUUUUGAUGCAUGUUAUAAUCAUGGUUACCAGGGGUCGGUGUGCGACGUGGAACGGCCUACACCUCUGCCUGUCAGAGCAAAGGGGAGGAGCGACGGCUUCUGUCAUGAGUUUGAGUUACUUUGUUACCUUACCAUCAUAUAUGCAGUUUAGCAUACAUUUUUAUCCAAAGCCAUGUCCCACUCGCUAAAGAGGUUUCUAACCUCAAUGGUCUUUUCCUGGUUAAAUAAAGGUUAAGUGAAAAUAGUUACUUAGUCAAGCAAGCAUACAUUUUCCGUAUGGCUGGUCCCUGGAAUCUAACCCACAAUCCUGGUGUUGCAAGCACCAUGCUCCAACAACUGAGCCAUGAUGUCAUAGCAUACAUCAACUGUUAACAUAUCAUAUGUUUAUGUCCAGUUUGUCAACCCUCCUUUUUG